GAAGCCAUCUCUGUGUCUUGUUCUCUUCCCUCACCAAAGAGAGAAGGGGAUGGCAACGGCAAUGGCGUUGGUGGUGGUGUUCCUGCUCGCUGCCAGCGUGGGGUUGUCGGAAGGUGCGGUGUACAAGGUGGGAGAUUCUGCAGGAUGGACCCUCUUGGGGAACCCAAACUACACCGCCUGGGCCUUGUCCAAGAACUUCCAAGUGGGAGACACCAUUGUGUUCGAGUACAAUAAGGAGUAUCAUAAUGUGGUUGAGGUGAAAAAACAUGACUACGAUUGCUGCAGUGAAAAAUCUCCUAUUGCCACCUAUGCCACCGGCAAUGACUCCAUCACCCUCAAGACCAAAGGUCACCACUACUUCCUCUGUGGCAUCCCUGGGCACUGCACUGCUGGCCAGAAGGUGGACAUCAAAGUCUCCUCCUGUGCUGCCCCUGCCACCUCCCCCGCUCCCUCGCCUCCUUCCAUCUCUCCUGCUACUCCCCCCUCUUCCGGUGGUGGUGGUGCUGGUGGUGGUGCUGGUGGAGGUGUCUCCACCCCGGGAGCUGCCCCUGGAGCUAGUACUGGUACAAGAGCUGUUCCUGGGGGCAUUGCUCUUCUUCUUGCUGUGUUUUCAUGCGCGGCUAUAUAUGGUGGCCUUGUUUGGCAUUAUUAGUUGAGUUAUCAGAAGAAAUAAGAUACGAUUGUUUCGACAAUAAACGAUAUGCAUGGCAUCUGAUUAGUAGGAAUGAGAACAUAUCGAGAGUCGCUCUGUUAUUUUGCAUAUCAACCCAAGAUUUCAAUUGUUGGUGAUGGUCAAUUAGAAUUAUGAAUCAGUAAUGAAGAUGACCAUGAAGAACAGUCUUGGUAAUUAGACUUUUUAUUUCUGAUUUGCAUGGUAUCUCAAAUUGGUGGUGGAUAGUCAGAAUUUUGUUGAAUAUAUGUCAUCUAUUUAUUAUCUGGUCCCUGCAAUAUUUUCAUGAAAAUCUACAUCUUUUUGGUUCUUGCCUAGUUGAGCAAGUAGAAAUGUAUCUACAUUUCAUGUUUUCUUCUCUGCAAUUCAUCUUGGGCAUGCUUGUUCAUACUGUGAUAUAUGCUACUGAUUCCUAAAUCUUUGUCAGUCAUGAUGUGCUGAGAAUGACUUGUGCAAAUUGAGCCAAUUGGUGAAUCUGAACUUUCUCAUGCUGGUUGGAUGCUAAGACAAGUUGAUUGUUGCUAAGAAGUUGCUACUUUGGUUUCUGCAUCCAUA